UCACUCCGCAUUUGAACAAAAUAGUUGUAAUGGUCAAAUUCCUAAACCAUCUUCCGGUCCAUUUCUGGUGGUUCAAUACGCGCUUCCCGUCAAAGGCUAAAAAAACCCACACUUAAAUCCAAUCUCUCUCUCUCUCUGUCUCUGUAUUUACUUUGGAGUUGCAUAUAGUGUUUCAUUUCCCAGAGGGAGAUCAAAGACAGAACAGUUUUGAAGAAACGGUGGAAAAUAGAAAAGAUGGCUAACAAUGCGGCGGCUUGUGCAGAAAGGGCAACUAGUGAUAUGCUGAUUGGUCCAGACUGGGCUAUAAACAUUGAGCUUUGUGAUAUUAUCAACAUGAAUCCUGGACAAGCAAAGGACGCUCUUAAGAUUAUCAAGAAACGCUUGGGGAGUAAAAGUCCGAAAAUACAGCUCCUUACACUAUUCGUUCUUGAGACUCUGAGCAAAAAUUGUGGAGAGAAUGUGUUUCAGCAAAUUGUGGAGCGUGACAUUUUACGAGACAUGGUCAAAAUUGUGAAGAAGAGGCCUGAUUUAAAUGUGAGGGAGAAGAUUUUGAUUUUGAUAGAUUCAUGGCAAGAAGCUUUGGGAGGGCCAGGGGGAAGGUUUCCCCAGUAUUACGCUGCAUAUAAUGAGCUGAAGGCUGCAGGUGUAGAGUUUCCACCUCGAGAGGAAAAUAGUGUACCUUUAUUUACACCACCACAAACCCAUCCAAUAGUCCACAUGCCUUCAGCUUAUGAGGAGGCUGCAGUUGAGGCCUCUCUUGAGUCUGAUCCCUCUGGACUCAGUGUUGCGGAGAUUCAAAGUGCUGAGGGGCUAGCAGAUGUCCUGUCGGAGAUGCUUGGUGCCUUGGAUCCUAAGAAUCCUCAGUCUGUGAAGGAGGAGGUGAUAGUCGAUCUUGUUGAACAGUGUCGUUCUUACCAAAAGCGUGUGAUGAUUCUUGUGAACAACACUGUAGACGAGGAUCUGCUGUGUAAAGGAUUGGCACUCAAUGACAAUCUGCAGCGAGUUCUUCGUAGACAUGAUGAUAUUGCCAAAGGAACCUCAACAAUUGCUGUACCACCCAGAGAAACUCCUGUUGCACCCCUUAUGAAUGUGAAUCAUGAGGAUGAUGAGUCAGAAGAUGAUUUCUCUCACUUAUCACGGAGAACUUCAAGAGAUCCAUCACAGAGACAGGGGCGGAAGACUAUUGAUGUGAAGAGUGAGCCUAUGCGAAUUACUCCAACUCUUCCUCCCCCACCUUCAUCAAGGAGACCAGUUUUUACAGAUGGGAAAAUGGUUGAUUAUCUCAGUGGUGACAGGUUUGAAUCUGAAAGAUCAUUGGGAACAGAAGGAUCCUCACCUAUUGCAGCUUCAACAAAUUCAAACAAUGCGAGUUCCAUCCCACUGUCAAGUCCCAAGCCAUCUUCAUCUGCACCCCCUCCGGAUGAUUUGCUAAAUCCAACUGCUGAUGAUGACUUCUUGAACCCCACUGCAUCUAUGUUUACUGUAAAAAACAACCACAAUGAAUCCGAUUCAAAAGCCAAAUCUGCUGAUCACUUGCCUCCAGCACCUUGGGAUGCUCCUCCUCCUACCACACUCCCUCCACCACCAGCCAGAUAUGAUCAGAGACAGCAGUACUUUGAGAAACAUGUUUCUGGUGGUUCCCCUCCCCCAAGAACUGGAUCGAGUUCUUAUGACAGCAUAGUUGGACAAACAAAGAAUCUUUCCAUUAAUUCUUCUUCACCAUCCAAACCAGAGAAACCUGAGGACGCACUCUUCAAAGAUCUUGUUGAUUUUGCAAAAGCCAAGUCUUCGUCAUCUUCAAACCAAUCCAAUAGAUCAUUUUAAGUGAUUUCAAUGAAUAUGAAUAAUAUGUGGUGGUGUAUAUCUACUUUUACAUCUUGUAGCAAUAAAUAUUAGAGAGGACUGAGUUUAUGGAUUUACUGGAGCUGCUGCUUCUGCUUUAUUUUGAGCCUUUAGGUGAGUGAUAGUGUAGCUGAAAUGACAUUUAUACCUUGAAUCAUAUAAGGGGUUGAUAUUUCUGA